UGAAAGAAGAAGAAGAAGAAGGAAACUCUCAAACAAGAGCAGAAAUUAGUUUGUGUAGCAAAAGAUUUAAAAAAAAAAGAUCUUAAUAUUUUUCAAGUUCCAAAUACUUGAUCUGCUUUUUUUCCUGCUUCCAAAAGAAGAGAUCAAAUUUCUGCCAAAUUUGAUAGAAUUUGGCAGAAUUCUCCUGAACCCAUCAGCAAAUUUCUGUAGAAACCCAGUUGAAUUCAUCUCUUUGCUCUCCUGAUGAGAGAGAGAGUGAUGGGAGUGGGCAAUUUCUGGCCUCAGGGAUCAUCUGAUGUCUCUGUUCUCAUGACCACUAGCUUCUUUCGCCACAAGCUCUAGAUUGAACAAGGAUACCUCUUUCGGUGAUCUUGAUGAAGAUCUGGUUGUAAAUUUUUUCUGGGUUUUAGGCAAAAUUUGAUCUCUGUUUUCUCGCUCCAAGUAGAAAUAAGUAGAGAAAGAUGGCAGGGAGAAGAGUUUAUGGAGGUUCAGAGAUGGCUGUUUUGUUGCAGAAUGAAGAAGGGAUUUCUUCUGAGGCUUUCCAGGCUUUGAUUUCUUCUAGCUCCUCUCAUACUGGUAUCCGUGGCUCUAGAUCAAUGCUAAACUUUGAGGAAAUUUGCCAUAGCACAAGCAACCAGCCAUUCUACCGCCCUAGAGAACCUGAGGAAAGCUUUGAUGAUGAUUAUGAUGAGUCCCUUCAUCAGCCAGAGAAGAAGAGGAGGCUCACUUCCACCCAGGUUCAGUUCUUGGAGAAGAGCUUUGAAAUUGAGAACAAGCUGGAACCCGAGAGAAAGAUUCAGCUUGCUAAGGAUCUCGGAUUGCAACCAAGACAGGUUGCUAUUUGGUUUCAGAAUCGGAGAGCAAGGUGGAAGACGAAGCAAAUUGAGAAGGAUUAUGAGGUGUUGAAGAAGAGCUUUGAUGUUCUUAAGGGGGAUUAUGAUGAUCUUCUUAAGGAGAAGGAGAAGCUUAAAGCAGAGGUAGUUCAUCUCACGGACAAGCUCCUCCUCAAAGAAAACCACAAAGGUGUCACAGAACCAUUAGAACUCAGGACGACAGAUAAUAACAUCACAAUUGAGCUCAAAAAUUCUGAAACCCCACGUGUAGGAGUAAAGCAAGAGGAUCACAGUUCAAGCGAUAGUGCGGUCUCAGAUUCUGAAAGCCCUCAUUGCAUGGAUGGAGCUCACACCGAUUCCUCUAAUGCUUUCGAGCCUGAUCAGUCCGAUAUCUCAUAUAUUGAGGAGGAUGAGGAGGUGAAAGGGUAUCAUCAGUUUCUGAAGCUCGAGGAUAACUCAGCAAGUUUCGAGUUUCCUGUCGAAGAUCAUUCCCUUUGGUUCUGGCCCUGAUAGGAUUAGUUUCGCAGUUUCUUCUCGUUGUAUAUCUAUCUGCCUACCUGUACGUGUAUUUUGUUGGGAGAUCUUUUGUUAUAUGAGAUGCAGAUAAUAUUGAGAUGUCAGUAACAAUAAAGGUCAGUUGUUGGCUUCGAGAAGUGCUGUGUGCGUCUUUUCUUGUUAGUACCGCCAAUUGAACCGUCUCUCUUGUGCAUAUUGUAUCCAGUUUGAAGUGUUUUGGGCGUGUUUUUCUAGUUUGAAACCUGAUUGAGCUGUGCA